AGAAGUGGACCGUUUCGAUGACGUAGCUAGCUUGUCAAAACAACAAUAGCUCGACGACUCUCUGACCUCGGCUUCAAACGACGUUCUCACGGCUUAGCGGGUUUUUACCGGCUGACUUUAGAAAGAGAAUUUGCGGGUUUCUUAACUGAGUAUUUCAUUUGUGGUAAGUCUGCUGCCGUAUAAGCUGUUGUCUCUGUAGGCUAAUGGAGGUUUGUUAGCCGUUAGCUAACUGCGGAGAGCAUAAGGUAUGCUAGGUGCGUUAGAAAGAGGCUAACACUGUUAGCCUAUCAGUGUUAGGCUCAUUCGAACAUAUUCUUGAAUGCCCCACCAACGCCAUGAAGGUGUAAGUUAAAAGGAUUUCUAAACACAGAAAGCAACACUUUCUCCUUCAGUUUAUCACAAACAUUCAACAUCAAGGCAAACCAGUGUUAUUACUAUAUAACAUAUUACUAUUAGUUUCACCAUGAAAUUAUAUAUAACGUUGGGACGUUCUCACUUGUGUCUUGAGGUCAUGUUGAUAGCGUUAAUGUACGUAUUUCUGAUGGUAAUUCAAUGAUUUAACACUUUCAGGAUCAUUGAGGUUUUGUUUUUUGGCUACUUUAACACUUUGGUAAGAAGUUUAAAGUUGAUGUAUUUAAAACUCAUUGCUUGUUCAUUUUCUUCGGGUCAAUGUCAAAAAGGUACCAUUCCCUUUCCUGUGUCCUUCUCACUCACCUGAUCAGUUCCUGAGUAUUUUUCCCUUCAGACGAACCGUCCACAUUUCUUCCGAUUUUACAUCUCCUGUCUUCCCUGACACCUUCUGUCUGCAGAAAACGCCCCUCACCCCACCCCCCCCUCCCCUGACCGUUCCUACUUCCAUCAUGUCUCACAACCACCGGUUCAGACCACCUGCGGGCGACUCCGAUCGCAGACCUGAUCGCGCGCCGCUCGCUUCGCCGGACCGCCGGCACCCUUCUCCGGACCGCCGGCACCCUUCUCCGGACCGCCGGCAGGGUUCAUCGGGCCGCCGGAACGCCUCAUCGGGCCACCGACGCGCCUCUCCGGACCGCCAGCACGCCUCUCCGGACCGCCGUUACUCCUCGUCGGACCGCCGCCGCGCCGCAUCGGACCGCGACUUUCACAGGCCGCCUCUGGAGUCCUUGUCUGUGUCCCAUCCGCCUACAUCCUUUUCCUCCAGAGGGGCUCAGUUGCCGCAGGACGGCGCUCUCAGCAUCCUGAACAGCUGCGGUCUGGAGCCCGCCGACCUGGCGCUGCUGGCAGAGCUUCCCGAAGACGUCCUCACCGUUGAGUCGCUGCCCCAAGUCCUCCAGCAGAUCAAGGGGAAAAGGGGGACCGUCAAACCACAUCUUUCCGGUAGUCAUCCUCCUUCUUACUCCUCGUCUUCCUCCUACACCCCCAGCUCCUCCCGUCGAUCCAGCGUCAACACCACGGCUAGCGACUGGGAUUAUCCCCGCAGCCAGCCAGCUCCAGGAGAGGUAACACAUGGUCCUCUUUCACCUGAGCUGGACUGCUGGGGGAAUCCCAGUCCUGGCAGCUCAGUUAGAACACAACCACAGUCAUUAUUGUCGCUCGUGGUGGACUACAACUAUAGGCCAGGACCUUCUGAUAAUGGUAAGACCGCCAGAAACGCAAGUCCAGUGUUCUCCCAGGACUACAACCACAGAACACAACCCUCUGUCUAUGGCAAGACGGGGACAGACGUGAGUCCAGUAUCCUCUCACGACUACAUCCAGAGACCACAACCUUCUGUCUAUGGCAAGACGGAGAGAGACGUGAGUCCAGUAUCCUCUCACGACUACAUCCAGAGACCACAACCUUCUGUCUAUGGCAAGACGGGGACAGACGUGAGUCCAGUAUCCUCUCACGACUACAUCCAGAGACCACAACCUUCUGUCUAUGGCAAGACUGGGAGAGACGCCGGUCCAGUUUCCUCACAAGACUACAUCCAGAGACCACAACCUUCUGUCUAUGGCAAGACUGGGAGAGACGCCGGUCCAGUUUCCUCACAAGACUACAUCCAGAGACCACAACCUUCUGUCUAUGGCAAGACUGGGAGAGACGCCGGUCCAGUUUCCUCACAAGACUACAUCCAGAGACCACAACCUUCUGUCUAUGGCAAGACUGGGAGAGACGCCGGUCCAGUUUCCUCACAAGACUACAACCGCGGACCAGGCCUGUCUGAUUAUGGCAAGACGGGCAGAGAUGCCGGUCUAGUGUCCUCUCUAGACUACAACCACAGACCAGGCCUGUCUGAUUACGGCAAGACGGGCAGAGAUGCCGGUCUAGUGUCCUCUCUAGACUACAACCACAGACCAGGCCUGUCUGAUUACGGCAAGACGAGCAGAGAUGCCGGUCUAGUGUCCUCUCUAGACUACAACCACAAACCAGGCCUGUCUGAUUAUGGCAAGACAGGCAGAGAUGCCGAUCCAGUGUCCUCUCUGGACUACAACUAUGAACUAGGACUUUCUGAUUACAGCAAGGGGUGCAGAGAUGCCGAUCCAGUGUCCUCUCUGGACUACAAUAAAACCCCAGGACUUUCUGGUUAUGGUAAGACAGGCAGAGACGCUGUUCCAGCGCUCUCACAGGAUCAACCCCCUUUCAGCUCUGCAGGUGGACCCAAAAGAACUCGGCGUUCGCGUUUCUCUCAGCUUGAAGCAGUUGAUCACAUGGCAGUGCCUCCUCCUGAGGAGCACUAUCCAACCACUCUUGGGCAGCAGGGCAAGCCAGAGAUCUCUUCCAUUAGGAGCAGCAGCUGCAGCCGGCUCGCCAUCGCACCCGGCGCAGCCACUGCCGGCCCGAUGCCCUCUAAGAAAGAAGCUCUGGACUUCCACGGGACGUCUCCACCGGGGUUCCCAUACUCAUGCUCUCUGUGUGAUAUUACUGUGAUGUCAGAGAAGGUGUGGAUUAAACACAUAAACGGGCCUCACCAUGCAGACGGACAACUUAACCUGCUGCAGAAGUUUCCUAACUGGGACUGUCGCAUGGAGACAAUCAGCAGGCCCGAUGACCAACCAGAGAAGAAAAAAGAUGAAGAAAAAGCGCCCCAGCAGCUGCAAACCGCCAAUCAGAGCGCCUCCAUCCCGCCGCCGAAUAAAAAGAAGGCCUCAGGGAAAGGCAAAGUGGUGUGUGUGAGGUUCCCGGCUCAGUCCGUGGACGAGGCGUACCUCCGGAAGCUGGCCGAACCCUUCGGAAAGAUCGUCACGGUCCUCAUGUUUCCGUCUCUAGCGUUUGUGGAGCUGGGCACCGUCGACCAGGCCAAAGACUUGGUGAAGUUCUACGCGGGCUGUCCACCAGUGGUGAACGGGGAGAACUUGGAGUUCAGGAUCUCCACCACCUUCAACUUCCUCCAGAGUUCUCGGGUAGUGAGUUUCUUUCCGGCUCCAGUGGGAGAAGAGAGCCUUUCGGAUCUAAUGACCAUCAUCAAGAACUUCGGCUCACCGCUCUACACCCUGUUCCUGCCGUCGAAGGCCUUUGUAGAGAUGAAAAAUACUCCCGAUGCUCAGAAGAUGGUGGAUUUCUAUUCCUCAAAAGCUCUGAUGGUCAACAAUGAGUCCAUCAAAGUGUCUUUCUCUGUAGAAUACAAGAGCCUCAUGCGGGUCCCCUCGGCCAAGAGGUACGACGAGGAAACGUCCUUGUCCAAAAGGACACAGAGUUCCAGUCGAGAGAAUGAAGAAAAGAAGAACGAGACCAAGAGGAGGAGGAGGAGCAGUGAGGAGGGGGAGAAAGAAAGGAAGGAGGGAGAGAAAUCCAGCAGGGAAGCGAGAACCAGGUCCAGAUCCAGAGACACAUCUGGGGACAAGUCUAUUCAGGAGAAGUCCAGAUCCAGCGACAAGUCCAGAAAAGACAGGAGGUCCAGAUCAAGAGAUAGAACUAGAGAAAAGUCCAGCAAAGAUGAGGAGUCCAGGUCUAAAGGUAAAUCCAGCAGUGGCGAGACAACCAGAACCAGGUCAAAAUCAAGGGAAAAGUCUACGAAAGAGAAAAGCCCCAGAACCAAGUCUGGAUCAGGACAUAAAGGAAUGGAAAAGUCCAGCAGGGAGGGUCGGUCCAGGUCUAGGGACAAAUCCAGCAAAGACGAGGACACCAGAACCAAGUCUAAUUCCAGAGAAAAGUCCACUGGAGAGACCAGAUCCAGGUCCAGAGAGGAAUCCAGCAGCAAGUCCUCUGGGCAGAGCCGGUCCACUGGAGAGUUGGUGGUGCCAGAGAAAACCACUGACUGUGAGUCCAGGAUCGAUCCAGAUCCUGUUCCUGUCAAGGACUCCAAACCCGAAGCGGAAGACAAAGACGCCACUGAGGAGGAAGACGGGUCGUCUGCCGAGGAGAGCGACAUCGAGGGGAUGGAGGUGAUUGGAGAGGACGGAGAGAGUCUGGAUGAUGAAGAUGGAGACGAAGACGACUGUCCUGCAGAGAGGACAGACUUACCUAAAGAGGUCAAUGAGGAGGAGGUGAAGGUGGAGACGGCGGUUCAGGAGAAAGUGAUGGAGAUAAAGAAGGAAGCGGCUGAUGAUCGGGAGGAAGUAAUAGCGAUAAAGAUGGAGGUCAAUGAUCAGCAGCAAGUGAUGCAGAUUAAGAAGGAGGAGACAGAAGAAGAGAGGGAACCUACCAAAAUCAAGGAGGAGGAGCAGCAGCAGGAGGAGGAAGCAGUGGAGAGCGAGGAGAAAGACUCCGAUUUCCCCAUAGAUCUGGAGAACUGCAUUACUCUGGAUGAACUGGGAGAAGACCAGUCUGAUGAACAAGAUGAAGAAGACUCAGAUGGAUCCAACACUUUCUCCUCCCGGGUGGUUUACUUCAACAACCUUUAUUCCCUCGACGACGCGGAAUUCGUCGAGCUGGUGAAAGACUUUGGGACGGCGGUGAAGUUCUACCGAGGUUUCAUUGAGAUGUCCACUUCUUCUGAGGCUCUCCGAGUCGUUGAAGAGAUGAGGUCCAAAUCGUUCAGCGUCUCCGGCUUCAGAGUCAGCGCACACAUCUCCAACAGAUACAAGCGUCUCACCAACGGGUUGUCUCCUCAGGGGAAGUGGAACGUGGAGAAGGACAGCAGCAGCAGCAGGAGGAGGAGGAGUGAGAGAGUAAACAUUGACCGAUCUAAGGAGAGGAAGUCUGAGGGGAGAGAGGAGUCCUUGAAAAAGACUCCAGAGAAAAAGUCAGCGUCUAAAAACAAAGACUCGUCUAAAAAUCCUCAAGAGAGAAAAUCGUCCAAAAAGACUUCAGAGAAAGUGUCAACUUCUAAAAAGACUCAAGAGGAAGAGUCGACUUGUAAAACGCCUCCAGGGGAAGAGUCGUCUUGUGAAAAGUCUCCAGUGGAAGAGUCGUCUCGUGAAAAGUCUCCAGUGGAAGAGUCGUCUCGUGAAAAGUCUCCAGUGGAAGAGUCGUCUCGUGAAAAGUCUCCAGUGGAAGUGUCGACUCGUGAAAAGCCUCCAGGGGAAGAGGCGACUCGUGAAAAGCCUCCAGGGGAAGAGUCGACUCGUGAAAAGUCUCCCGGGGAAGAGUCGUCUCGUGAAAAGUCUCCAGUGGAAGUGUCGACUCGUGAAAAGUCUCCAGUGGAAGGAUCGACUCGUGAAAAGUCUCCAGUGGAAGGGUCGACUCGUGAAAAGUCUCCAGUGGAAGGGUCGACUCGUGAAAAGUCUCCAGUGGAAGGGUCGACUCGUGAAAAGUCUCCAGUGGAAGGAUCGACUCGUGAAAAGUCUCCAGUGGAAGGGUCGACUCGUGAAAAGUCUCCAGUGGAAGGGUUGACUCGUGAAAAGUCUCCAGUGGAAGUGUCGACUCGUGAAAAGUCUCCAGGGCAAGAGGCGACUCGUGAAAAGCCUCCAGGGCAAGAGGCGACUCGUGAAAAGUCUCCCGGGGAAGAGUCGACUCGUGAAAAGCCUCCAGGGGAAGAGUCGACUCGUGAAAAGCCUCCCGGGGAAGAGUCGACUCGUGAAAAGCCUCCAGGGCAAGAGGCGACUCGUGAAAAGCCUCCAGGGCAAGAGUCGACUCGUGAAAAGCCUCCAGGGCAAGAGUCGACUCGUGAAAAGCCUCCAGGGCAAGAGGCGACUCGUGAAAAGUCUCCAGUGGAAGGGUCGACUUGUAAAAAUAUUGUGGAGAAAGACUUGUCUACAGAGACAUCACAGAAAACAUCUGUCAAUGAAAAUACUUCAGAAAGAGAUUUAAAACAGACUGACGAGAAGAUCUCUAGCGAGGAGUCCGCUGCUAGAACACUUCAGGCAGAGUCCCUCUCUAGAACUAGUCCAGAAAAGACUUUAAAAAGAAAAGGUUCUCGCGAGAACGACUCUGUUCCCGGAAAAAAAGAAAAGAACGAGUCGGCAAACGAUGAGAAAAAAAGGUUAUCGAUCCACAAGAAUGAAGUAUCAACUGAGCGGACUCCAGCCAAGGACGAGCCCUCUGAAGCUCAGGGGGAGGAGCCUGGACUGAAGAAGAGUCCAGAUCCACAGGGAGCUGCUGUUGACGGGCUGCAGGACUCUGAGGCUGCACUCCAAGAGCAGCAACAAUCUGUAGGGGGCGCUGCUGAGCGGCAGGAUCCCACCGGACCAGUUGGAACAGAGUUUGUCCGUCCGGUGGUCGGAUACUUCUGUAAUUUGUGCCAGCUGAUCUACGCUGACGAGGACGAAGCCAAGCUGAAGCACUGCAGCACCCUGACGCACUACAGGAAGUACCAGGAAAAGACAGGAAAAGAUCCAUGGGCGAGCUGAACAACACUCAAACAAUUUGAUGCAUUAUUCUGAUUCAUCCAAUUGUAAGAAAUUUAAACUUUAUUUAGUUUUAUUUCUCUGUAUAUAGUUUUUUCUCAAGGACAAAAGAUUCAUACGCUUGAAUUUUACGGAUACCUUUAGAACUACUUUUUAUCAAAGGUCCAACCCAAAUCAACCCAAAUAUUUUUUCAGGUGAUACAGUCCCAAAGUUAUGUCUGUUCAGUUAAAAGAAAAUAACACAUUAAUAAUGCUAGUUUGUCAUUUUCUUAAAUAGAAAUGUUUAAAUAUUUCCAAUUCUCGCAUAUUUCUUGUAAAAUAACUUCCUAAUAAAACAGUUUAAAAAUUCUAUUUCAAAUACCUUUUGUUUUAAUCAAGGCUCUUUCAUUUGGUCGUGUGUCACCAUGAGAGGCUGUUAAAUCAUUUUUUUUACUUUUUUUUUAAUAUUAAAUGCAUAUAUAGAAUACUUGAACGUUAAUGACAUUUCUUCAACUUGCAUUGAUAUGACUUCCUUUUACUUCCUUUUAAAUGUAUGUAUACUUGAAAUACUGUGACUUAUUUACAAUGCUAUUACUUUUAAAUGAUUUUCUUCCAAAUGCUAACUUUCUUUUGAUUUCUUUUUUUUUUCCAAAACAAAUCCACUUGUUACAUCCAGGCUCUGUUUGCAAUGUGAAAGGGAGACCAAACUAGUGUAAAAGUAAUAAAUACCAAUUUGUAUAAAAGCAAAAAACUA